UCUGACUGCUUAAAACACACUCACUUCAGAUGUAACCUCACUUCUGGUUGUAGUUCUGGAUAAGGAAUGGAUUAUGGACUCCCCUCUAGAGAAGAAAUAGGGAUUAAAAACCACCAGGCUGAAUUCAUGCGGAUUGGAGUGAAGAGGCUGGAAAUUGAUCCCGAAACCUGUUGAAGUCAACCACAGCUGGAAAGAGACAUCUGUUUCAAGAGCACUCCCUCCAUCCCACUAUUCACCCAUCAUGUCAGAGCCGUCUCCAGCCUGGUGGAAGCUGACUUUCCUGAGGAGAAAAAAAUCCCAGCCCAAGGUUCUGUAUGAAAUCCCUGCAGAGUUUGUUUCCAACGCCUCCAGCGGUCAGCAUGGGUCCAGCCCAGCCACCGGAGCUGGCGCCCACCCAGAGGACAUGGUGCAGGACUCUCAGCUGGACGCCCGACUGGAGAGGAUCAUGGAUAAAACAACGGGCAGCAAAGGGCGCCAGGUCAAGGUUUCUCACUCUGGGAGGUUUAAGGAGAAGAAGAAAGUGCGAGCCAGUCUGGCGGAGAACCCAGAGAUGUUUCCAGAAGGUGACCCUGCCAGAGAUGAGAACCAGAGGGCUGGAACAGAACACACACUAAACAUGAACAGGGAUGCAUCGGUAGGGAGAGAUUAAAGCGUGUCAUUCGUGGCAUCUCUCUCCCAUUGUUGUCAGUUGAUGGAGCCUAAAUUUGGGAACACUUUUCGCCUCGUCUUCAAAAUGGCCACUGAGACACUCAUCAGAAUAAGUUACAUUUAGACUUUAACUUGUGUGAAAUGUGCCUAAAUAGUUAAUGUUCCUAUAGAGAAGAUGAGGUUUUCCCAAUCACUUCACUACAAAAGAAAACAUCCAGUGGCCACGGGUGUCAGCUGCUGCAUCAUCUGCUUGAUAAUAGAACUAUGAUGAUUGCAGGAAUUAAACUUCAACCUUUCCAAUCCUCACCUAGUCCAGUGUGUUGUUUAGAUGUACCGGGGUCAAACCUGUGACCUUUCCGUUACUGGAUGGAUUAUCUAACUAGCAGA